GUCGUUAGUUGUCUCAGGUAGCCUGGGUUUCACUGCUGGUUUGUGGGUGUUUGUUGCCACACGGUACUGUUUCGGUUUUUGUAGAUUUCAUGUUAUCGUUUGAGUGUUCAUUUGUCUUUAUUAAAAACAUUAUGGACACUUACCACGCUGCAUCUUGGUCCGAUACUUACUCCUCUUCAGACGAAGAGCUCUGCCAUUACAGGGACAUUGCCUUUAAAUUUAAAUCGCUCUAUAGUAUGGAUCUUCUGCAGUAUGGAUUUAAUCUUAACCUACUACAAUAACCUAACCAUAACAUGGUGAGAACUAAAGCUAAAUAUGCUACGAAGCAUGUACAGAAGUUCAGAGACACCUGGAAAACGCUUUUUGCAGAAGAUUAAGAUAAGCAUCAGCUGUUUUCUUCCUUUACUCAUCUUUCAUAGACCUGUUUUACGACGCAAGGGAGGAAGCCACUCGAUAACAAACAAUAACUUUCGAAAAACAUAUGUUGCAAUGGUCAGUCUGAGUAAAGGUUUCAUUCUGUGGCCGUCCUCUUCCCCCUAGGAGUCUGCCGCCUACACUCAUCCUGAACAUGCUGUGGCUGGCUGUAUAUAUAUAUAUCUGUCUGAUCUCUGCUACCAUCUAGUGUCUCCAGUGCAUCUCAACACCAAUGAAUAAGGAAAACAACCACUGGUUCCUUGUUCUAGUCCCUAACACCUUGGUGUUUUCAGAUCUCUAGGAACUGGAUAGAUGAGUUCCAUUAAGUCCAUUACCAAUCACCAUAUUGCUUACACUUAUCCAUUCUCUUCAGAUCUGAAAGUGGUGUCCUGGGAGAAGAGGCUAAUAUGGGCUCGGGGUCAUUUUCAGACUGGACAAGGCAAUGUCACAUUGUGAAGGUUACAAGGACACCUACAGUAUGUUGUGUAUGGGCCCUGUGUGACUGGGUCUUAUGGGCUUCAGGCCUUACUCCGAUGAGUGCUGGAUGCUAGCGAAUGGAGUGUAGGGUUUCUGCUUGUCUAUUGUUGCCAGUGUAAGCUGAUCCGUUACCUGCUCCCUCAAUACAGGAAUGCGAGCCUGGUUCACCUGUGUGUGUUAUCGUGUGCACGUGUGUUUGAUUGUGUACGUGGUAGGGCAGAGAGGCAGAGGGCCCAUCCCAUCGGCCCAAUAGAUGAGGAUAAUAAGCUCGCUCUACCCCUGAGAACCCCACUGUUCUCUGUGGCCUCUUUAAUAUGUAACACGCUCCAUUGACAGGCCUAUGAGUGUGAGUUCACGGGGACGGGCAGCCUGAAAUAUUAAACGACCUGAGGAGCCGCUGCAGGCUCAAAUUGUUUGCUCAUCAUUAGAGCAGCUUCUGUGGAAGAGUAGAGCUGAACAACAGGGGAGAUAAAGGAAGACCUACCCUCCAGGGGAUUGUACUAGAGACAACACGAACUAGACUAUGUAAUAAGCUCAUCACUCUACUAUCUGACCCUAUACUGUAGUGUCGAUUUAGUGUCAGUAAAGGAGUACACUGGACUGGUCCUGGGACAGAGGUUGCUUUGAAAACAGAAGUCAUGGCAGGUCUCCAGGGAACUACCAAGGACCUUUAGGAGGUUUGGAGGACAAACCAGAAGGAUGGAGGAGGAAGCCCCAGUACCUGAUGCCCCAGACUUUCAUGCCCCAGAAGCCCCCGCAGAGGCCCCAGAAGAUCCCCCUGUAGAGAGUGGUGUGUCGGCCAGAGGAGUUCCACCAUCCAGAGACAGCCGUAAACUGGACUGUAUCAUCUGCUUCUGUGCCUUCAACCUGGCUGAGAGGCUGCCACGCAAGCUCUACUGCGGCCACACCUUCUGCCAGGCCUGCCUGAGACGCCUUGACACCAUCCUCAAUGAGCAGCAGAUGUGGAUCCCCUGUCCACAAUGCCGGCAGAACACUCCGCUACCUCGCGGGGGAGCUACAGCCCUGGACCUCGACCUAGCAGCCUUCCUGGGGGUCAAGGCUGACUUGGACAGCCAGAGGUCCAGCACCCAGCAGGGAGGAAGAGAACUAGGCAACCAGCUGGAGCUAAAGCCCUCCUUUGGGAAGCAGCCCAUCAUAGAGCAGCCUCAGGCCACCUGGAACCAUGGAGGACUGGCUGAGCCUCGCUUCCACAGGAGCCCUUGCUGCAGGCGCUUCUUCUGCUGCUGGUGGUGCUGCUAGGAUGCCCAGUCAUGUAUGAAUGACAAGAGUUUUUAAAGCAUCUAGGCAGCAGCUUUCCCAUUACAGUGCCAGUUGUAAUUGAUUAUAGGAAUGCCUGGGCUUCCAAGGCUAAAACAAUGGAAAAUAUAGGUUAUAACUAGCGCCUGACUGCGUGAUCUGACCAAAGAAAAAUGUACUACUGAAAAAAGAAACACUACUGGGGAGAAGAGUGUUCACGAGACUGACAAAGUUGUGUGGGGGACAACAUUUCUUCCCCACAUCGUGAGAGAAAGAACGUUUCAGCACUCAAAAUGGGACGCUGGAUAAAGACCUCAAUGACCUCACCUACAACCGAAAGACUCCUCUACUGCCUCCUUUCAACUAUGCAGUUGGACAUAUAGGCUAUUGGUACCUUGAUUGUUGAAAGUCCAUUAUUUUAUACACACUUCGUUGAGUUAUAGUAUAAUUUAUCUAGCCGCUCUAGAAUCUCCCAUUAGUGUUCAAUUGGGUUGAGAUCUGGUGACUGAUAGUCAUCAAACCAUUCAGUGACCACUCGUGCCCUGUGGAUGGGGCAUUGUCAUCCUAUAGUAAGCCAUGGUAGCUCAAAUAUAUGCUUGUCCAGCAUUUUUAUGCAUGACCCUUAAUUAAUUUACAAACCACACCUGUGUGGAAGCACCAGCCUUCAAUAUACUUCAUAUCCCUCAUUUACAUGUUUCCAUUAUUUUGUAUGGAACCAUUUUGUCAUGUGCAAGUGUAAAAGAAUGAAAGAAGAAAAUAUGGAGUUAGUUUUUAUUAAAAACUAGACAAAAGGAUCGACUUCUGACACCAACUGACUCAUUUUAACAAAUUAUCUGGGAGAAAAAACAGCUUCAAAGUUGUAGACAUCAAGAGACUAACGUUGUUGUUUAAUAAUAAUUUAACCAUCUACUAAAUGUAAAUCAGACAAGUGUACAAUUCAGAAUAUUUAGGAUGUUCAAAGACUCAUCCGUCAAUUGUGAAAAUGCUAAUAUUUUAUGAUCUUCUAUUUGUAUGGGAUGACAGUUUGGUAUUACCAUAGAAAUAGAAGGUACCAUAGAAUGCCAUUCUCUUUCUAUGGGUGAUACUCCCUCCCCUGCUCACUCUGACAUCCAGAGUUUGAAGGUGCAGGUCGUAGGAUCAGGUGGCGAUGAGUUGUCCGUCAGGGGACAUGUCCACGCCCAUCUCCUUGCCCUCGUGGCCCGCCCUGGUGGGUCCACACCUUGGCUGUGUUGUCACAGGCCCCGGUCAGGAGGAAGUGACCGUCAUUGGCUAAGAGAGGAAGAGGGAAAAAUUGCAACCAGUUAUAACAGUACAUAACUUGUUGCUAAACCUUUUCCGUGUGACUUUUGAAAAUCAUUUUGAGAUAUUAGUUGGCAUAAGUAUUGUGCAAAGGGUUACCUGUAUGCCAUUAUAGGGUCAAUCAAGUAUUUUCAGGUCAUAUGCUGGAUCAAUUUAAAUUAAGUUAAAGGGAUACUUCGGGAUUUUGGCAACCAGGCCCUUUAUCUACUUCCCCAGAGACCGAUGAACUCAUGG